AGAUUCUGUUGAAGCUUUGUGAAUGGAUGUACAAUGAGAAGACUAUCUCUAGAAACGUCCAAACUGUAGAGGCAAAGUGGGGGAGAGAGUAGAAAAAGUGGAACAAAGGAGGCAAAAAGCAUCAGCUAGAGAAGUGGGAGAUCAGGAGAAAACUGUGCAAUGAAAGCAAAGGAAAGAUUAUUUCAAGAGAAGAGGAGGGCCGAUAGUGUUGAUAGCGAAAUGUCAAGAUGGAUAGGCACUGAGAAAAAUCCAGGAGAAUUUGCAGGAGGGAACUCAUCAACCACGUUAAAAAAAGCAGUUCUGGGGGAGUAGUGGUGGUAGAAACUAGUUUGCGUUGUGAUGGGGAAAGGACAGAGGUAAGGAAAUAGAAACAGACAUAUAAAUCAUGGGCCCUCAGAUUUGGCUGCUGUCAUGGACUGAAUUGUGUCCCUCCAAAACAUGUCAACUUGGCUGGGCCAUGAUCCUCAGUGGUUUGGAAGUUAUGUAAUGAUGUAGUUUGGCCAUUAUGUAAUGACGUAAUCUGACAGUUAUGUAAUGAUGUAGUCAUCUUCCACUUUGUGAUCUGAUGUAAUUAUUCUCCAUUUUGUGUUGUAAAUCCUAAAACCUCUGUGAAGCAGGAUUAGGGUGGGGUAUGACUGCCUUAUUUAAGUCACCACCCUUAUUCACUGCCUUACUCAAGUCAUGCCCUUGCUUGAGUCACAUCUUUUAUUUCACAAGAGAUACAAGGAGAGAGAAGUGAGCAGAGAGGGAAGGACCUCAAUACCACCAAAAAAAGAAGAGCUGGGAGUGAUGACUGUCCUUUGGACCGAGGGUCCCUGUGCUGAGGCCCUCUUAGGCCCAGAAGAAGGUUGAUGCCAAGACACUUGGAGAUAUCCAAGGAACUCCAGGUCCACCGAUGUUGAAAAGAGACAAGGACCUUCACCCAGAGCCGACUUAGACAGAAAGCCUUCCCCUGGAGCUGAAUUUGGACUUCUAGCCUCCUAAACUGCUGGCAUUAUGGCACCCAUGAUUAGGCUCUCUGGAGUUAAUCUAUCGGGGCAAAUCCCUCAGCAAAGGCUUUCACGGAGAGACACGGAGUCCAAUGGCAGUUACAUUAUGACAGAUGUCCAAAACAUAGCCGAAGGAACUGAAGAUGUUUAGAAGAAAAUAGAUGAUGGAGGGAUGGAUGUAAUGGCUGUCUUCAGGUUGUCUUGUAUUGGAGGAAUUAGACGUAUUCAAUGGUCUGAGGGCACAACUGAGAUCAAUGCGAAGAAACUAAAGGCAAGCAAAAUCCAGGACAACAAGAGAGAGAACUUUCUGUGAAAGCUAGUUGGGGAGAGAUGGCGGUAGGAGCUUUCAAUGAGGAUGGGCUCAUGCGCAGAUGCAGAGGCGGCGGAGCCAAUCACCGGGCGCAGCCAGACCUCGCGCGAAGGUAUAGUCGUACAUUGGUGACGUCGACGGUUACCAUGGAGAAGCCCGCUCGCUAGGGACCGCUAGCUGGCGCGAGGGGCGGCCGGACCUGAGCGUGGCUUUGAAGACGCUUCCGCAGCCAACAUGAGCGGCCGAAGUAGAAGUAAAAAGUCCUCUCGUGGCAAAAGCCGGGGCAAAGCCCGUGCCAAAGCCCGAGUUCGCCCUGCUCCUGACGACGCUGCGCGCGACCUGGACCCUCCACAGUGCCCGGAGCUCCGGGAGGAAAGCACGGAGGGGGAGGAAACCAAGGAGGCACAGGUGCAGGCUGGCGCGGGUCGGGGUGGCCUGGAAACUGCUGCGCCCGCGCUUCCCCGCCGCCGCUGGGAGGAGGGGGCCUGCCAGCUCCCCCCGGACUGUGGCCUCGCGCUGCGGGCCCGAGCUGCGGGGGGUAGCGGGCAGGGCGCCCCCAGGGCCGACCUGGAGAGGGUCCCACCUCUCUCGGAGCGCCUGGAAAGAGACACCGUCUUCGUGGGAACGGUGGGAACUGUGGCAAGGCCGAAAAACGGCCCUCGGGUUGGAAAUCGGCGUGGCAUUGCUAGGAAGAAGGCCCCAGAAACCUGUUGCAGAGCGGGGAGGGGGCCCCAGGCGAUAGUUGGUGGGCUGGUGAAGAAAGGGACCACUGGGGAGUGUGCCUCUGCCUCGGUGAUGGAGGAGAAGAAGGUGGAGAAUGGGGCAGGGCCAGGGCCCCAGGCCGCAGGCGGUAGCAUGGGCACCCUGGAGAGUGUCCAACUGAAGCUGGAGACCAUGAAUGCCCAGGCGGACAGAGCCUACCUUCGCCUCUCGCGCAAGUUUGGUCGAUUGCGACUGUACCACUUAGAGCGCAGGAACCUCCUUAUCCAGAAUAUCCCGGGCUUCUGGGUGCAAGUGUUUCAGAACCACCCCCAGCUAUCAUCCUUUCUGAGCAACCAAGAUAAAGAGGUACUCUGCUACAUGAACAGGUUGGAGGUGGAGGAGCUUGGCCUUGCCAGAUUGGGCUACAAGAUCAAGUUCUACUUUGUGAGCAACCCCUAUUUCCAAAAUAAGGUGCUCAUCAAGGAAUACGGGUGUGGCCCUUUAGGUCAGGUGAUGUGUCGUUCUACUCCAAUCCAAUGGCUCCCAGGCCAUGAUCUCCAGUCCCUAAGUGAGGGGAACACAGACAACAGCUGUAGCUUUUUUGCGUGGUUUUCAAACCACAGCUCUAUUGAGUCUGACAAAAUAGUUGAGAUAAUCAAUGAGGAUCUGUGGCCCAAUCCUCUGCAGUACUAUUUUACGAAUGAAGGGGCUCUUGGAGAGAAAGGAAAGGAGGUCAGGCGAAGUCCAGCAAAGCAGGCAGUGGAAUUCCCAGGUGUAAACCAGCACAACUGAUCCUGCACAAGUCUCAUACCUCCUGCUGGACCUGUGCCUGGCUGAUGACAUGUACUUGGCCAUCUGCUGUCUCUUCAUGUUUGGCCUUGGUGCACCAUAGCCCCUUUGGACCUUCACUACCCUUAGUUACAAGAAUAUGGACUUUCCGAUCAUGUUCUUUUGCCUUCCUGUGGCCUUCAUGCGUUUUUACAGUAGUGUUACAUGUUAUGUGAUCUCACAUGCUGUUUAUAUGCUAAGCCCAUGGUGCUUCAGAUGUGUGCUGCCUUUAUCUACAUCACCUGGACCCCGUUCUUGGUUCCCAACUUUCCCACCUAUCUUUAACACGGACACUCACGAGUCAGCCUCCAGCAGGACCAGUACAUCCUCAAGCUCUGUUCCAUCAAGGCUAGUGACUUGCUGGC